AUGCCGCCCUCAUCGCCCGCACACUGGCUCAAGACAGUGUCCGACGGCGUCCUCUCCACCACCUUGCCGGGCGGCACCGCCUUUGGCAUCCCCGAGUACAUCUGCGAGUCGCCGCUGACUCCUGGCUACGUCAUCCUCUGCAUGACUGACCUGAGCCGGGCUGUGCACAAUCUGAGCAACCACGACGGCGCCUCGGUGAUGGUCAAGAGCAGCUCAACGGAGGGCUCGCUGGUGACGAAUCCAAGAGUCACGCUGAUUGGGACGCUCAAGGUGGUCGAGCAAGAGGACAGAGAGGCCGUCAGGAAGGCGUAUGUCGAUGUGCACGCAGACACCAGGCACUGGGUCAACUGGGCCGACUUCCGGUUCUACGAGCUCAAGGUCGAGAGCCUGUACUUUGUGGGCGGCUUCGGCGGCCAGCACUAUAUUGGGCCGGUGAGCCGGGAGCUGUAUCUCAGCGCACGACCCUAA